AUGACAACCACAGUUCCUAAAAUAUUUGCAUUCCAUGAAUUCUCAGGUGUAGCGGAAGCUGUAGCAGAUUAUGUUGUACAUGCACAAAACGUUGCCUUAACUGAAAAAAUUAAAGAAAGGAAACAAUCUAAUGUCAAUUUAAAUGUUCCAUCAUCAACAGGAAAUACUACCGAUUCUGUUAAAGAAGUAGGUAGAGUUCCAUCUGUGAAAAGUGUAGCAUCUUCCAAUACAAUUAAUAAUGGUGGGAGUAACAGUAAUAAUAGUAGUUCUAAGAAGAAUAGUAGGAAAAAGGAAAGAAGGUUCAAGAUUGCCCUUUCUGGAGGGUCAUUGAUUCAAGUAUUACAUGAAGGUUUAUUGAAAAGAGAAGAUGUUCAUUGGAAUAAAUGGGAUAUUUAUUUUGCAGAUGAAAGAUUAGUUCCAUUCGAUUCUAAUGAAAGUAAUUAUGGUCAAGCAAAGAGGAAAAUUUUGGAUUUAAUUGAUACUGAAAAAUAUGGUAAACCAAACGUUUAUCACAUAGAUGAAUCAUUAAUUGAUGAUCCACAAGAAUGUGCAGAUAAUUAUGAAAAAAUAUUAAUUAAGGGGUUUGCUGGAAGAGAUUCUGUUAAAUUACCAAUGUUUGAUUUAUUCCUAUUGGGUUGUGCACCUGAUGGUCAUAUUGCAUCAUUAUUCCCUAAUUUCCAAGAUAAUUUACGUGAAAAAUUAGCUUGGGUAGUACCAGUGGAAAAUGCUCCAAGUGGUCCAUCAAAUAGAAUAUCUUUAACUAUACCUGUAAUUUGUCAUUCACAUAGAGUUACCUUUGUUGUGGAAGGUGCCGUGAAGGCUCCAGUAAUUAAAACAAUUAUGGAAAGACCAGAGAAAGGAUUACCAAGUAGUAUUGUCAAUGAAGGAGCUGCAGGUCGUGUUUCAUGGUUUGUUGAUGAUGAUGCAUUAACUGAUGUAUUUGUGACCAAGAAGAAAUAUAAAUUUCAUGAUCCAGUUGAUUUAAUUUUCAAUGAUGAAUAG